UAGAACCGUCCUGGUACUAUACUACAUAGUUAUAUGCACGUAACCACCAACAACUUUUUGUCUUCAAUUGCGUUCUAGAAAACAAUUCCCCCCAAUUAGUUUUGGCAUUCGACGAUCAAUUUGUUCUCAUUUGAGUGUGAAAUGUAAUAGUUUAUUGAUGAAUCCGCCUAAUUGUGCUUGCAGCUGGUAAUUAAUGAUUCUUUUAGUUAAUUGCUAGCUAGCUAAUUAGUCUUAUUGUUUGAUGUUAUACUUAAGCACUUAACUUAAUUGUUCCAACUCACCGCUUUUCAUGGGGAAUAAUGUUGUUGAUUUCUAUUGUCGCGUCUACCAACCUUCCAAUUAACAUAUAAAGUAUUAGGUAGGUAGCUAGUAAAGAGUUGAAUGGAAUUAUCUAAUUGAUAGUCAAACUAAUUAAGAGUAGCUAAGGAGGAAGUCGUAGUAUUUGGUCUUGUUUGAGCUACACCAGAGUUCUGGUUGGUGGGGACUUUGAAUGGACAAUGCAUUUAACCACAUCAGUUUUGGGGAACCAUGAAGGAACUACAACUAGUUUAUGUUUAGCUCAUUACAAAAUGAGUCGAGUUGGACUUUACUUAAUAUUGGCUCGAACUUGGCCUUUUAAAGAGCUCUAACUACUCAAACGCGAUUCGAUCUUAUUCAUUUGUUAUUCUAAACGGUUGAACGACCUCUAACAUAGACUCUAAAAUUAUUUAUAAUUUAAAUACUCUAAUAAUUAUAUAUCAUAUGUGAUACAUGAGAGUAAUACAGCGUUGGAAAAAGAAUGAUAGUAAUUUUUCAUGACUAAUUGAUUCAACACUUAUAUCAUCUGUUGGUAUUAUAUUAUUAUAUAUAAACGUGAAGUGAGGUUACUGUUGCCAAAAUUACUACAUUUUGAUAGCUCAAAUUUAAUUAAAUUACAACUUAGUCAUUAUAAUGUAUAUUCUACAUUUUGAUACCCCAAAUUUAAUUUUAAAGUAAAAUCAUUGAACAAUUAUGUUUUAGUAUCUAAACUUUAUGAGAUUUUCAUACCUACAAUUUUUAAAAUUUACAUAUUGGUCCAAUGUUUACAUUUCACUUGAAUCCAUAAAUCCAAUCCACCGUAACAUAAAAUUAUAAAUUUAGUUUGUACCAUACAAGAUGUUGUAUCACUCAACUGUAGAAGAAGAUUCGACCAUUUUGGUCUUUGAUGAGAUUUUUACUUCAAAUAAACAUGUAUGAUAUCCAUUUGAAAUAAUAACGAUCAUUUUUAAAAGAGCAUUCUAUUUGGUGAUGUGACAACAUAUUUAGUAAAAUAUAAUACGAGUACAUUAAGAUAUUGAUCUGUACGAAGUUUUUGUAUGACAUUUUAAUAGAACAAUGUUUAAAAAAAUUAACAGUAAUAAAAAUCAUAACACUUUAUGUAUUUCUUUCAUUGCCUUCUUCGUCUAACCAUAAUUAGUAAUUGAACCAUGAACCAUUAACGUUUUCACCUCAAUGUCGAGUCCAAUUAAAAAUAAAGAUAUAUGACUAUUACUUAUUAGAAAGUCAUCAUUGUCCAAUAUGGGAUUUGAAGGCUUGAAAUUUUUAGCGAGUUCCCGUUGUAUUCAUUUUGCUUCUCUAUAGAGUUUUUCUUUUUCACCGGGCUAGAUUUUCAACAAUUAUAUGUUUGACUAGGUACCUACACAUAUCAAAUAAAUAGUUUUCAUUUUUCUAAAAAAAGUAAAUAAUUAUCAUCUUAAAUACAUCACCAUAAAAGGAAUUAAGCCUCAACUAUGCAAAUUAUAGUUCGGUACAUAAACUUAAUAGAUCUUAGAUUUAUAGCUUAAAUUUAUUUUUUUAGCAUACAAGUCCUCAAAAAUCAAAAUAUUGAUGGAAAAAUACAUUUUAGUACCUAAUUUUUUUACUACAUUUUGGUACCUAAAAUUGUGAAGUUCUACAAAUAGUUCUAAUUUUUGUAUGUGUAAUUAAAACACCUUCGAAUAAAUGGGUAUCCACACCCAACUCAUACACAUUUAGAUUAUGGAAGUAAAUAUCCAUACCCUACCCAAUCCCAUCUACAACUUCCAAACUCAUAUAUAAGUCGCCCAUACCCUACCCAUAAUCAACGGGUCUACUUGGGUUUAGGUAAAUAUAGUUUAUUAGCCCAAAAUUUUAAAAUAUUUGAAAUUGGAUGUUGAUUGUCAUAUUCUUAUUCAAUAUCAUAUUGUCAAGUCAAUAUUAUUAACAAAACUGCUAACAAAAAAUUAAUUUUAGGAUAAUAAUACUAACAAAACACCAUAAUGGGUCACAUAAUACAUGCCGAUAGGCCAUCUCCUCCCGCGACAAGGCGCAACAUCGCCACCUAGUUACUUUUUAUUAAUGUUAACUAGUUAAUAUUAUGUUCUUCAACAAUAACUAGUAUAUAAGCCAUCCAUAAUAUAUAAUUUCCCUUUCAAAUUAUAGGUGAAACAUAUCUGGUCGUCUUAAACCACCUUAUGUUUUGAAAUAUAUUAUCUAACAAACCUAUGAACUAUUAAGAAGCCAACUCAUAAGCUAUAGAUUGAUAGCACAUUCUGGUGCUCGAUGCACAUAUACGGACUCUCCAGGUUAGCCAGACGGGCCAAAUAAUGAUCGAUGGAAGGACCUACCUGGUCGUCGUGGUGCAUGAUAAUGAGGUAGCGGCGGAACCCACUCCUUCUCGUUAGAUGCACGAGAAACACCAUUUCAAACACAAGAUUUCUCGUAAUUAAAAUACUUUUUCGUGUAGUGGGUGGUUGUUAUUGAUUCGCUAAAAGACAACACCAAACUACGACUAUGUGUAAUCGCAGUAUGAAAGUGUAGUAUAGUGGGUUCAUUUUUACUUGUCAACCCAUGUCCUAGAUUUACUGUUUACUCCAUAAAUAUUUGUUAUCUAAUGAUUCGGUUUGAGUGAAGUUUAUCAAAAGCAAAAGCAAACAAAAGGCAAGUAACGGUUGUAUUCAGAUUAAGAAGGCUCACUCAGGUAUGAGUCUCCCUAGAUCGCAGUUCCCAAGUUGUAAUUCACCUAAGUCAAUUUGAUUGAUGUUAAACUGCGUAAAUUUCUAAAACAGUCUAGAGUCUAGACUAAAGUGCUCCAGAGCCUCUCAAUUUGAAUACCCAGCGAGCAACUGGUAUCAGCUAAUUGAGGCAAUAAGAUUUAAACUUCCUCUACUAGGUUGUACACCAGUAAAAAGCAGUGAAUCGACUUCUCGACUAAAGUCGCCGAUUCACCACCUCCAAUUCAAGAUGCUCUAUUGACCUAUGCAGAGAUUAUCGUUCUAGGUCAAAGCAGGAAUCGCUAGAAUUUGUUCAAGACUCAAGCAAUUCUGAAUCAAUACUUCAAUUGGAUAUAAAUCAUCAAUCAUUCAUGGCAAAGGGUUCAUACAACUCUUUCUAACAUACAAUAUAGGGUUCUUAUAUAACCAAGUGAUAGAGGGGAUUAAUCCAUAGACAAAGAGAGAGUGGAAAGUUAUGUCGGAUGUGGAAAUCAUCGUGUAGACGGAAGAAAUAUGCUAUGGGUCGUCAAUCGUCACUCCUCGAGGCUUGAAUCGAGCUCCAAUGAUGGGAAGACUUGAUCUAGGUUCACUUUUUGUCACUUUCUCUCUCUAAAUCUCUGUUUUAAACUCCCAUAAUCGAAUGACAACCAAAUUUCCGUGUUCGGCUUGUAAUCGCCCGAGUUGGGCAUACCCGGUCUAAAUAUUCGGUCGGGUCCUUCCAGAGAAACCAGAGUAACGUGCACCAACCUUCAAACUUCACGUCACUCAGCCACCUCCUUCGUCGCAUUCACGUCAUUAACACCAUUAACAUGACCUUCGAUGUUGUGAAGAUUCUAAAUAUAAUAUAUUUUUAAAAAAUUAUUAUGCAUCUCAACAUAUUGUAAAUUAUCUAAAUAUCCGACUACAUCUAUCACAAAGCUGAAAGAUUUGACUAUACCAAAUCUAAAUACUUAACUACAUUAUCACAAAGGUGAAAGAUUUGACCAUAGAGACACAUUUUACCGACAAAAAUUAACCCUAAAUAUUUCCAUCUUAUAGGGGAGGGAAUAGGCAUACUUGUAUACCAUAUAUAUGUUUAUUUGCUCAACAUCAUCAAUUAUAUAUAGUCAAUAAAACACAAUGGAAUUAGCAAUCAACUGCACAAAAAGACAUGGAAACCAAUCAGCUAAUGAGAUCAUAUUGAUUCCCUUCUUUGUUAUUUGGCACUAACAAAGAGGGAAAUGAACCAUAAUUGUGCAAUCUGCCUCGCGAUCUCAUAAUAAAUCAUCUUAGUGCAGCAGUACUAUGAAACAAACAUAAGAAAACAAACUAAAUAGGAGACCACAUGUCGGCCCUGACUACCUUCAGUGAACACAUGGGAAUAUAGCUGAGAUAAUUAUGCAGAUGAUCAACGCCUCUCGUCUCUGCAAUCACAAAACCUUUAAUUAGGAUUUCUUUCGAGUAAUGCCGGUAAGGGGAAGACAAAUGCACAUUUAAGCAGGAUCACUUUCGUGUCUUCAUUAGGACAAACAAAUUCAGAUGCAGUAACCCAAGGAAAUAUUGUUGGGAUAACAGAUGCACAGUAUACUGAUGAAUGAAACGCACGAUGACGAAUACUCCCAACCAUAAUUCGCGCAGCUUGUGUCACAAUCGAUGAACAGAAAGAGCAGUCUUUUUUGUCGUUUGGAGGACACUAGCUAGAAACACAAUCCUCCCAUGUGCAUGCAGGAUAUUGGUGCCCGAUCCCUACCAGCUAUUGCAGUUUGUAAGACCUCGUUCUGUAUGAUGCUAUAAUAGUUGGAGUUUAAUUCGAUUAGUGGUUUAUGAUACAGUGUCAGAGUUGGUUGAACUAUAUAUGAGGUCUUAUGUUUAGGUUUUUUUAUGACCCUAAUAUUAACAGUUAAUUCAAAUACAAUGAAAUGGUGAGUCUGUUUAAACUUUAAAUACGUGAAUUGACUUUCGUUUGACGGAGCAUGUAAAUAAAUGGUAUAUGAUCUAUACAUGAAUGAUGAAUCUCUUUUCAACAAGUUGAGUUGUGAUAUUAUAUGUGUAUGUAUGUGUUGAAUUAAAUACAAAAAUGCUAAAAAUAUUAGCAUAAUCUACUUCCUUCAAAGCCUAAACUCAAUCAUAAAAAGUUAUCACAAUCUUGAUGGUUAAUUUGAGAUGGCAAAAAGGACCCAAUAUUUGGGUAUUGUCCAAAUCCCUCAACCUAAAUUUUUUAUGAGUCAAAUCAAGUUUGGUUAAUUUUACUUUUGGACCACACACAUACAAAAAAAUUAAAUUUCGGUCUAAAUUGGACCCAUAGGUUUGGAAGUAAAAAAAAUGGGUACCCGAUUAUAAAGUAAUUGUUUCUUAUUUUUUUUGUUAUGAAACAAAUAAAAAGGUGAAAACAUUCAUAUUAAAGUUUAUAAUUGGGUUAGAGAUAGUUAAUUUUAAUAGUUGAUAUUGUUUUAGUGUAUGUAAUCAUCUAGAUCUAAUUAGAUCUAUUUGGGUCAAACUCAAACGAAUUGACCCAAAUAUGACUCAAUUCAUAUCGAACCCAAAACCUUUAAAAGAACAUAUAAAUCCAUUUGAAUCCAGCCCAAUACUCAUAUAGAUAAUGUCAAUUGGAUCAAAUUACCCAAUAAAUCAAUCCAUUGGUCAUGUCUAUGGUUAAUCCCUCCACACUCUAAUUCCUCACUUCACUACCAUUACUUCUGGAUUCAUCACUGCAUGCUUUCGGUUGUUUGAAUUUGUAACUUCCGUUUGAGCCCAUAUCUUUUGACGUGCAUGUUCUUACAAGUUGUUGGCCCUAAGGCCCACCAUGACAACAAAGGGACAAACAACAUAAGAAAAGGACAAUAGACUCUGGAACAUUUGAUUGUGAAUUGGGGUUUGUUAUAUUUGGUCAAAAACUAUUCAGGUCCAGGCAGGGGCAUGUGCCUAGAUCAAAUCCGGUCUUGAUAUCUUUGUCGACAAUGAAGAAACUGUGUUGUUAUCGGGGUGGUUUCAACAUUUGGCAAAUUAAUUGCAUGUGCUUUAGCUUAGGGGGCAUGUCCUUAUUCAAAAUUAGCAUCACUAAUUAAUAGCAUAAUUGAGGCUGAAUUAGUGUUUGAAUUUGGACCCAGAACAAGAAAAGAAGUCUUAAUAUUUGGUUGAUACUUUUAAUCACUUAGAUAGAAACUAAUACAACAAAUAAUGGUAUGAUAAUUGAUAGCAUAUUCGAUGAACAGGUAUGAGAAUUCUUUUUCAUAUUUUGGUCUAAGGUAUGAUUGUAUCUCUUGAAGAUUUCGGUAAAGAGGUAGUAUACAAUACAGGAUCUCAGAAGAUUUAUAUAUAGCUGCCCUAGCUAUCAUAGCUAACAAUAAUGAUUAGUAAUAUUCGUCAUUUGAGUUUAUUAAGUUAUUGUUUCAAUAAAAAAUUUUAUUAUUAUACCAAAUUGACUAUUUACGAGGAGAUACUACGUUUUUAAAUAAGUCAAUAUGUGUCUAGGUAGAGUUUUCCUCCCAUUCACAUAAUUCUCGAAUCAUUUACUUACUACAAUAUGGAGAGUUCAAUUCCUUUUCAAAUCCGCAUUAAUUUAAAUCAGACUAUGCAAGAUUCUGCUACAAUCUAAUUAGAUGAAGUCUUGUGAAAUAUAUUGAUAACUGUUUAUCCUAAAAAUAAAUUUCUACCACAUCGAAUAAUUCUAAUAGAUUUAAUGAAUUAUAAGGUCGGUUCAACAUUAAACAUAAACAUUAAAUGAGCUAGUUGGACCUUAUUGAGUUGGGUAUUUUGGUCUAAGUGGCCAAAGCUCACUCUCCCUGAUCUUGGUGCCAAGUCAAGUACCAAUUAGAGACUCAUAUAGAAACUAAGUGUGCAAGAUGAGCUUGGUAGCCAAUCAAGAAGGGUACCAAUUGGCUACCAAACUGGCAAGACAUGCUUGAUAUAUAUCAAGUUAUCAAACCUCCCUAAACCUAAGUAUAGAGAUCAAAUGUGCCAACCCGACGAGGAGGUGACAAGGUAGGGAUGGCAAUUACCCACCCAUGGGUAAUUAUACCCAAACCCAAGUAGACCCAUUGAUAAUGGGUUGGGUAUGGGUGAAGUGCAUAUGGGUUUGGGGGGUUUGUAGAUGGGUUUGGGUAAGGUAUGAAUAUUGCUUCCAUAAUCUAAAUGGGUAUGGGUUGGAUAUGGAUAUCCAUUUACUUGAGGGUGUUUUAACUACACAUGCAAAAAUUGGACCUAUUUGUAAAACUUGAAAAUUUUAGGUACCAAAAUGUAAGACCAAAAAAAUUUAGGUACCAAAAUGUAAUUUUCCAUCGAUAUUUUGAGGACUUAUAUGCAAAAAAAUAAAUUUAGGUACUAAAUAUGCAUAUCUAUUAAGUUUAGGUACCAAAUUGUAAUUUGUAUUUGGGCAUGGGUACAAACCCAAAUCCAUUUGUUAUAAACCCAACCCAAAGUAAAUGGGUAUGGGUACAAACCCAUCAAACUCUACCCAUAUCCAUCUAUUUGGAUUUCAUACCCAACCCAAUUGGGUUGGAUAGUAAAAAACCCAUGGGUAUGGGCAAAAUUGCCAUCCCUAUGACAAGGUGACCAUCUGAGGCACCCGACCGGGUACCAAGUCAUCACGGGAAAUCCCUACAUUCUCAAGACUAAGUAUGGAUCUCGAGCGUGGCUACUUGUCAGCCAAGGUAUUGAGAUGACAGGGUAUGAACUUGAUGAGGAACUGGUGUCUAGCCCCCUUAGGGGGCCAUAUGGUCUUGGUGAAUCCCUAAAAGGGUACCAAUCCGGCAGGCGGGCAAGAUACCAACUUGAUGAGAUUCUAAAAACUAAAUAUGAAGACCAAGCCAGCAGGGUUGGCUUGAUAGUAGGGGCUGACAUGAUUGGCUUGGUAGCCAGAGGUAUCAAGACGGAGAGAUGACAAGGUGUCAAGUUGAUUACAUGGGCUUGGUGGCAAGCUAGAAGGUAUCAACCGAUCAGACCAACUUGGUAGCAACUAGUAAGUCGGCGAGGAGGACUUGGUGGCAAGCCAGCUAAGUGACAAGCUGACAAGAUGAAACCUAGCCCUCAAAGAUCGAGUAUGGAGUCUUGGUGGAUAAAUGGGCUAGGUUCUCAUCCCAUCAAGACAUGAUCAUGGAAAGGUGACAAGAUGGAAGGUGGUUCCAACUACCAAUAUGAGAGCAACAUGGAGACUCUAAGUAUGAAGUCUCUAGGGCUGUCAAUGAGUCUUAAUGGUAAGAAGCAACGUUAUGGAGGCAAUUUAUGAAUACCAAUUUUUAUAGAUGAUUUCAAUAGGGUAAUUAACUAGAUGUAUCAUUCAUAAUUACUUAGUUUAAUAUGAAAUAACGCAGUACAAGGCAAAUCAUGAAGGUCGGGCUGGAGUUUUCAUGGACGUGUUUGAUGGGGUUAUGUGCAUUAGCAAGGUAGGUACCACAAGAUAUGUUUAAAUUUUUUGUUGAGUGAAUAAGAUUGUCCUUCAACUAAAUUUAGAGUAUCUUGGUUGAUAAAUAAUUUUUUCAUUGCAUAUAGUAUGGAUGGAAAAUGUUAUUUUCUUACUAAUUUUGUUAUUGUAUUGUGCAGAAUACUUCAAGAUUUAGAUAUUGCUAUAUAUGUAUUGUUUCUCAAGCAUAAGAAAUAAAUAUUGACUAAACGUUAUCAUCAUGAGUUUCCUAUUUAUGCAAUCAUUUUUCAGACAAACUUUUUAUUUGUUAUGUCAAUUUUCUUUUCAACCAUAGGCAACUAAGUGACUACAUAAUUAAAUAGACAAGUUAUGAAUGCUUAUUCACAAGUGUUAUAACCAAGGUUGUGACACCUCUACUGGGUGACUGGUUGGACUAGGUCCGACCAAAGUCGUGCUGCAAAACGGAAUCUACAAAAUCAAGGGUCUAAUCGUUAGUGAGGGAGAAGAAGAUAAAGGCAAGGUGGAGGGGGUGAGAGGCAAGGGGAUGGUGGGUGGAUCUUGGGAUAGGUAUGUUUUUAAUAAAAUUUGACUAUUUGAGUUUUUAAUAUAUAUAUAAAAGUUAGUACAUUCUAUUUACUCACUAAAUUUCUAUCUUAUAUGUAAAUAUAUUUAGAAAAGGUGUAAAACGGCUCAUACAGGUUGGACAUCAAUCAAAUCAUUAAACUUCAAAUCACAUGCUUGACCGGCUCAAUGAGUGAAACCGGUUUCAAAACGGCCCAACCCUAGUCGAGUUUCAAAACGGUCUUCAGAAAGCCCCCGGUCUAAUCCCUAAAGAGUGAGAAGAAGAGCGGGGAAAGAGAGGAAGAGGAACGAAAAAAGUGAGAUGGUGGGUGGGUCAUGAGGUUAGGUAGAUUUAUUUUGUGAAAAAUAAGUUUUUAAUAUAUAUAUGUAAGAUAAAUUUUAUUUCAGUCAUUAAAGUUUUAAUUACUACCUUAUUUAUAUAUUUAUUUAGAAAACGUCUAAAACAGCUCAAAUCGGUCGGACUCCGAUCAGACCAUUCAAUCUCAAACCCCUUACUUAACCGGCUCAAUAACUUAAAUAGGUUUGACAACUUUUGCUACAAAUACAAUCCAUUCCAAACAAGCCCAACCACUUUUAUUUUCACUCGUGGGUGGAUUCAUCUCAAAGUAAGCCCAUUUACAAGUUCUUUAUUCCACAUGUUACUCUUCAUCAAAUAUACGGGUUUACAAAAUCUUCCGCAAUUUCGGAACUCAACUUUGCUCUACAGAUUGAAUCUUUAUCACUACUAGCUUAUAACCCGGCCCGUUGGCCGAAAUGUUUAUAUUUGAUUUUUUAUACUUUUUAUGUUACGUUAAAGUCUAUCAACUCGUUUAAUUUUAUUGACAAUCUUUCAAUUGAGAUGAAACAUAAAAAAAGAAUAUAUAGGUCGAACAUUCAGAGAAAUAUCAUCAUCAUUUGAGAAAAUAAAAUAUAAAAAUGUAUAAAACAUCUCAUUUUCAUAAUCUAUCUAUCUAUCUAUCUAUCUAUACAUAAUAUUAUGGCAAUUCAAAAUUAAAUUUUUGCCACAUAAGCACUUGGAGAGAUCUCAAGUUGCCAAGGUGGACAAUUUUUUUACAAAAAAAAAUAGUUAUUGACCUAUUUAUGGAGUUGUCCCUCUCUAUUCAUUUAAUAUUUAAUUCUCUUUUAUCCAAUAAUUAUUUUGUUUUUGUUUUUGCAUUAUAUCUAUAAAUAACAUAUGGAGAGAAAGGUUAUCAAACUGGUUUAGCAAGUGUAAUGGUUUUACCAGUGGUACAACCGGUUUGUGUCGUUUCAUGCCAGUUAAUAAAAUAUGUAGAAAUAUAAAAAAUUAUUGAUAUCAAAUGAAUUUAAUCAUAUAUAAACCAUAUUUGAAGAUAAUUUACGUACAAUUAUUAUUGAUAUUUGAAUAAAAUAUGAUAUUUCAAAUAAAAUUACAUGUACUCAUACUUGAAUUCACUAAAACUAUGUAUUUUCCUUAGAAAUUCGUAAAAAGAUCAUACCGGUCAUACCGAUGGUGUCAUGUCGAUUUCAUGACCGGUACCGGUUGAAUGGUUCAACCGGUGGCAUGCCGAUCGACGUGACAAUCUUGAUGGAGAGUGACAUAUAUCACAUUUUGGUUUUGCAUUCUAUCGAUGUAUGCAACAGUAUACUAAUGUUCGUAGAGUGACAUAAAUAUCACACUUUUUAAACCAAAAAAUAUAUGAUUAAAGAUUACUAUGUAAAUUCUGCUCAUUUUUACUAAAACUUAAUAAUAAUUUACAUUUUAAUGAAUAAUUUGAACAAACACACAAAAAUAAUAAUAUUUUGUCGAUAAUGUCUGAAAGAAACUUGACUAAGAAAUAAUAGUUAUUUAUUAAAAAAGCUUCUUAUUCAUUCUGAUCAAGUGAAAAUAUAUGAAUCGCAUGUGCAGUAUUUAUAAUGUAUCCUAAGUUCACAUUACUAAUAUUUUCUCUAAGUCAUGUUGAUUGAGCAAAUUCUAUUUAGGUCUUACAUCAUAUGCUAAGAAAUUUUCUUUUCAGACUUGGAGUUAUUUAUUGUUAAAGAUUAUAAAUUGAAGUUUCCAAAAUGACUUAGAGUAUAAUAGUUGAUGAACUUUGACUGAGACACGAGAUCACUUGAAAAAUGAAAUGUGUGAAAUUUAGAAAAAUCUUUGUUAAGGAUGUACGUUAAACAUCACAUUUAAUGCUAAGAAAGAUCUAAAUUCGAA